AAGGUGACGAGUUCCAGAAAGUGUCGACAUCCUAGAUCAAAUAAGGCAAGAACCUGAAGUAACCGUCAUCUCAUCACCAAUUAGACAGGAGGUGACCCAAGCGGUUGCACCGCCUAUCCUGCCUAUGAGACAGAUGUUGGCGGACCUGAUGGACCCCAUGUCCAUCAUCUUGGAAGAGUUGAAGGAGACGCGAGAAAAAAUUAACGACAUUACUAGAGUGUUGUCGCCUACCGUCUCCUCACCGGCAAAUGAUCGUGACGCGCGUCGCUACGCCGCAGGCGGUCAGGGUAGGCGGCUGCCUGCCGUUCCUUUCUGGCCGCCUUCCGUCAAUUCACACCGGCCGGUUGUUGGUUCUGUCGCGUUGUGCCACAGGCGGUUGCCGAGGGCGGCCGCCCUUCUUCCUAUGUCGGCAGCCUUCGGUCUUUUCCGUUUCUGGUCAAAGACAAACUUUGACUUUCCAAAAUAGCCAUAGGCGGCCAGUUGUGCGGUCAAUAUUGGCCGCCUGUUUGACCACCUGUAAGUAAAUCUAUCUGUCUUGUGCCGUAUUUUCUGCUCUUCAAGAUUGUCUUCUAG